UGGUCUCACCAACAACAAACAUGGUGCGGAGUGGUGUGAUCGAGGAUAAAUUGUGUCACUUGGGCAAUCACCCGAGAUCGACUGACCAUUGCGGAGGUAUUUUUAUUAGUUUGUUAAGUUACAGUUUAAUUGUCGACGGUUGUUACUGACAAGAGCACGUUGUCACGGACUUUCUGAUUGGUAUUCUGUUGAAGUUGGCACUUUUUCAACGCACGUGCUGACACUGCCAUAGACUCCACAAAGUGUCUGACGAGGGAAAUCGACAAAUCGCAGUGGAAUCCCUCGCUCACGAUGGAUUUGUUACGCUCAGUGUCCCACCCUGACGAAAUUCUGGCAUUAGUGCGCUACAAGCUAGGAGACUGUCGGGCAGUCUUGCCACAGUGUGAUCCGGAGUUGAUGAGCCCGACUUUGAGGAAGUGUUAUGACUAUCUGAGACUGACGAGCCGCAGCUUUGCUGCUGUCAUCCAGGCGCUCGAUGAUGAACUAAGGGAUUCAGUGUGCAUAUUUUACCUGGUUCUACGGGCUCUGGACACUGUUGAGGAUGACAUGACAAUACCCAACAAAGUGAAGCUGCCCAUCCUCAGGUCCUUCUACAAGAACCUGCUGGACCCCAAGUGGUGCUACACAGAGAGCAAGGAGAAGGACAGGAUAGUGCUGGACGACUUCCCAACGAUAUCAUAUGAAUUCCGUCAGCUGUCAGCAGUAUCAAGGGAAGUGAUUUCAGACAUAUGUCGGCAGAUGGGGGAAGGCAUGUGUGUGUACAUGGAGAGGAAUGUGGAGACUCUAGCAGACUGGGAUGAGUAUUGUCACUAUGUGGCUGGACUCAUUGGAAUUGGUCUAUCAAAGCUGUUCUCUGCUUCUGGUCUGGAGGGGGAGUUUGUUGGGAAAGACUUGGAUUUAGCCAACAGAAUGGGUCUCUUCCUUCAGAGGACAAACAUCAUCCGAGACUACCUGGAGGACAGUGAGGAGGGCCGUGAGUUCUGGCCUAAACAGGUAUGGAGCAAGUAUGCAAAAAAUCUGCGUGACUUUGCUCACCCACAUCACAGGGGAGAAGCUGUGAACUGUCUGAAUGAUCUCAUCACCAGGACCUUGGAGCUCAUACCUGACUGCAUCAAAUACAUGUCUCGACUACAGAACAAGUCUGUCUUUCAGUUUUGUGCAAUCCCACAGGUGAUGGCUAUUGCUACCCUGGAGCGGUGCUACAGCAAUCCCAGCGUGUUUACUGGUGUUGUGAAGAUCAGGAAGGGGGAGGCAGUCAAGAUGAUCAUGGGGUCUAGCUCCACAGAGAAAGUCAAAGCCAUCAUGGUCCACUAUACUAACGAGAUUGCAGGUCGCAUUCCCGCCAAGGAUCCAAAUGCAGAGAAAACAAGAAAACUGUGUGAAGAUGUCCUGGCCUGCUGCAAGACAAAACAUGAAUACACCACAUCAAGUAUCUACCCUCCGCUCUACGUUUCCUGUGCUAUGAUGCUGGUAGCCAUAUCCUACAACUACUGGUCCCAGAUAGAAGCUGUGUAUCACUCAAUGACGUAACAGUGUGGAUAGAGGUGCUCUGUUGUGUGACGCUUCUAGCCAUAUCCUACAACGUCUGGUCUGAUAGACACUGUCUAUCAUUAGAUGACUAAACAACCUUCGAUAGAGGUGCUCUGUUGUGUGUCCUGUGCAAUGAUGCUGCCAACCGUAGCCAGUAUUUACUAGUCCAGAGAGAUGUCCUCUAUAGCCAUUUUCCACAACUAUUUGUGCAGAGACGGGUCACAAAUAACAUUUGUCUGUGGAGCAGGAAAGAUUUUGUGCAGAGUUCAGUCCCCUGAAUGACCUUUUGUCUGCAUCACUUUGGGGUUUCGUUCUCACUGUAAGCAGAAAUAUCUAAAUAAAUUCUUUUGCUGUCAACAACAAGCCCAACACACCCCUUGGAGCAGACUCUCUCCAGAGGUCAAAUAUGAAUAUCAGUCUGUUGCUACUAGACAUACUUUAUUGUCAUGUUUAGAGUGUGUUUACAAAAUUCUUGCCUUUUUGGUAUAUUUGUCUUUGGUCUUCUUCGUAACUACACAUGGACUCCUGUAACUAUUUAUGUAUUCAAGGCAUCAUGGAUGGAUGAUACCCAAGGUGAAGGUCAUUGGUUUUUCAAGUCAGUGUCAAUUUGUCCGUAUUUAUGCUUGAAUGUUCAUUAGGGCAGUGAUGAUAUGUCACAUAUUAAAGAGAUAUAUACCAUCAUCAAUGUUUGGAAUUUCCUGUAUUUCCGAACUGAUUUGGAUCUGAUUUAAUGAGGUCAUGAUGAUUAUAGGUGGUUUUGAUUUCAUGUGAAUUAAAUGAAAACUGAGUUGUGUCUGUUACUGUAUGUAGUGCAGCUAGAUGUCCGGUGUUACAUAUCAGCAUUUGUGUUGCUUACCAUUCCAUAGUGAGGAUCAAUGAUAAUAUGUAUACACUUGUAGAGUGUGAGAGAGAUAGAACCAUAGGAUCGUUUCUUUUCACCAUAGUUAUAUAUAACAUGACCAAGUUGAACUGAGUGUUCCAGGGGUUUUAUUUCUGGCUGAGGAUGUAAAGGUUUUGAAAUGAGUCCUUUUGGCUGUUACAUGACAUCUUGGAGGUCACACAGCACCUAAAGAAUCUUUGCUUUCAUGUGAAGUCCCAAGGGAGCUCAAGGCAUCUGUAAUAGGUCUGUUACUUGUCAGUAUGGGUCCACUAGAUAAUUUUAGCGUUCAUGUUUACGCACAAUUUACCAAGUGGCUGUGUGGUGUAUGUAUUGUGUGUUUUAUCACUAUCUGUGAUACAAGAUAUUUUUGCAAUAAAAUAUUAUUAAACUGA